AUCUGCUUCUGUCUGUUACAGUUAAACAACGCUACUGGAUAAUUCUCACACCUGUGUUUUUAGCGAACUGUGAACCUAAAAAAGACAGAAACAGUCCAACCCAACCCAAAACUUCAUCAUGGGCAACAUCUGCAGCAGAAACAACGUUAACAGCUGGUGGAGCCUCAGCAGACGGCGGAGCCACCCUCCACCCGCACCGCCAGCACCCCCACAGCCUGAAAUCACGGCCAACCGUUACGUUUUCGCCGCGGCAACACCUUACCCUUCGCAAUACCCAAACCCUAAUCCUCCACAAUACUACCAGCACCCUGGCUACUUUCCAUCCCAGCCAACAGCGAUGCCUGUGCCUUUGCCAGCCCUGUAUGAUCAUUACCACCGGGUGGACCAUCCGGCGGCUCAUUGGGUGGGUGGGAGGUGCCCAAUGAUGCCCCAACCGGCGCCUUCUGUGGAGCACCAGAAGGCGGUUAUUAUAAGGAAUGAUGUUAAUUUGAAGAAGGAGAGUUUGAGGAUUGAACCGGACGAGGAGAAUCCAGGGAGCUAUCUUGUUACAUUCACGUUUGAUGCUACUGUUGCUGGAAGGUAAAGGUUAAAGCUUUGU